AUGGUCGAGAAGCUCUACGUUACCUACAACGAUGUGCACAACCUGUGCAAGGAGUCUGCCGGGCGCCUGCUCGCCGACUUCCAGCCGCAGCUCAUGAUUGCCAUUGGCGGCGGCGGCUACAUUCCCGCCCGUAUCCUGCGCUCGUUCCUCAAGCAGCCCGGCUCGCCCAACAUCCCCAUCCAGGCCAUCGGCCUGUCCCUCUACGAGCAGCUCGGCGAGGACCCCGAGGUCGAGACGCCCGGCACAAAGGUGACACGUACCCAGUGGCUCGACAUGACGGCGCUUGGCCACAUGCAGAACCUGGUCGGAAAGCGCAUCCUCAUCGUCGACGAGGUCGACGAUACGCGCACCACGCUAGAGUACGCCGUCAAGGAGCUCGAAAAGGACGUCGAGCAGGCACGCGGGCAGAUGGCCGACGGCGCCGCCCAGCCCAAGACGGAGUUUAGCAUCUUUGUCCUCCACAACAAGGACAAGACCAAGAAGGGCACCCUACCCUCGGACAUGAUGCCGACCCGCUACUGCGCCGCCCGCACCGUCGGCGACGUCUGGAUCAACUACCCCUGGGAGGCCAUGAACAUUGAGGAGCACGACCACAACGCCGAGACUGGCAGUAAGAAGUAG